AUGGCUGCGCCGUGGACGGAUGUGUGCGACGAUUCGGACGCGCGCGCGACACCGAGAACGCGGCGAAUGGAAGACGCGCCGUUGACGUCACCGUACGCGUCGUUGGGGAAGAGCGCGGCGCGGCAGCGGGUCGAGCGCGCGCUGGGCGGGGCGAUGGAGUACGCGUGCGUGAGCAGACGCGCGCGCGCCGAGGCGGAGGACGAGGCGGCGGCGCGGAUCGAUGGCAUGAAGGAAAGGGAAGGAACGGAGGCGUGGCGACGGUUUCCGGACGAUGAAACGAGGGCGUUCGCGAUCGAGGCUCGAGCGGAGAUCGAGCGGAGGGCGAGAGGGGUGAUCGAGGCGUUGGCGGACGCGGCGGCGAGCGAGCGGAGGAUGGAGCGGGAAGCCGAGGCGAUGGAGCGACGGGUGGCGACGACGGCGACGACGGCGACGCGCGGGCUCAGGGUCGGACGUAUAUCGAGGGUGAAGACGAACGUGGCGUUUGGGACGACGGUGCGGGGAUGA